AGCCCUUAGCUCAGUGGCUGUACAACCGGGUGUUUGAAUGGUUUAGCGGUGGAAAGCACAAGUGCAACUGUGAUGCGAGGAUUAUAAAACUUCAGCCAGUCUUCAGUAAAAAGAAAAUACAGCCACAUUGCCGGGGUUGGAGAAAAGGUGAUAGGCUGAGUGAGCGAGGGAGCAAGUAAAGGAAGGCAACCAAGGAAGACAGACCAUGGACCACCAGAGACAGAGGACCCUCUCUACAUCAGGAGAAUCGCUUUACGUUGUGCUCGGAGUUGACAAGAGCGCCACGACAGAGGACAUCAAGAAAUGCUACAGGAAACUGGCUUUGAAGUUUCACCCAGAUAAAAACCCAGACAACCCAGACGCAGCUGAGAAAUUUAAGGAAAUAAACAACGCCCACUCCAUCUUGGUGGACCCCACCAAGAAGAACAUCUACGACAAAUACGGCUCAUUGGGGCUCUACGUGGCAGAACAGUUUGGAGAGGAGAACGUCAACACCUACUUUGUUCUGUCCAGCUGGUGGGCCAAGGCCUUGUUCGCCUUCUGCUGCCUGGCAACAGGUUGUUAUUGCUGCUGCUGCCUGUGUUGCUGCUGUAACUGUUGCUGUGGUAAAUGUAAACCUCAGCCGCCCAUGGACCAGGAACCCGAGUUCUACGUCUCCCCGGAGGACCUGGAGGCCCAGAUGACCGCUGAGGAGAGAGGUGGCAGCGACCCCAUCGUCAUGCAGCCGUCAUCAGCCACAGAAACCACCCAGCUCACCUCUGAUGCACACUACAGCUACAAGACUGACUCAUACUAAACACACUAGCACACACACACACACACAAACUCUUUACAAGCAAGCACAGCUACUAGGGCUGGGCAGAUUUACAACUUCCAACUGUAUUUACUUUUCCUCGACUGUACGGAUGCAAGUCGUGCAUGUGACCUCUAACUUUUAUUCUAAUGAGUUGUUUUAUAAGGAAAAACAGCUGGAAGGUGAUCUUUACAUCUAUGUAAUCUCAGCUGUGAAGCAGGAAAGAAGCUAAAAGUUGAAUUCUGACAUCAGUGGCAGGAUUUAAGUACUGUUAUAUGACAAACAAUUAGAAAUUAAACCCUUAGAUAUCUUUUCUAAAUGACCACUUUGUCAUAAAGAACAUAUUGCCCAGCCCUAACUGCUAUUUUAACAGUCAGUAACACACACUUUCUGCAUAUGCUGCACAUACAAACACUUGUGUUUUGUUUAUCCCUUUCAUGCACAUCAGAGAAUACUGACAGAAAUGAGCUCUGCAGCUCAUCCCUUUUUCUUUUUUUACAUAUUAAACUGGGAGAAGAAAGAGAGAAACUUGGAGAAGCAAAGUUAAAAACAAGGCAAACAGAUUAAUCUUUUAACUUUGGAGUCUUAGCUGCAGAUUGCACCUGAAUAAUCCCCCGUUUUAUCUUUCCUGGAACACAACAGACAUGAUGAAAUUUCAGUAAUAUUUCCCGGGAUGUUUUUACCUGUAAAUGAUGCACUUUUUUUUAACUCUUAAAAAAUGUAGAGAUGAUAUUGAGGAAAGAAAAGACACAAGUAACACUUGUAGAAUAUGCACUGAAUUUCAAGAGGGAUGUUUUUAUUGUGCAAAACUAAAUGAAAAGAGAUAAUUGUGUUUCAGCUCCUUCCAUGCCCUCAGAUUAGAAUUUCUUUAAUUUUGCAUUAAUCUGAAAUCACCAGCAUUACCGUGAGCAUGUCUGCGGGUCGGUGUGCUUCCUGGAUCUGAAAGACAACACUGUCCUUACACGUCAAGACAAGGAAACUUUCAUCUUGUUCUUGAAUUUAAACAUGUUUAUUCACUUUUAAUACUCAAGUAAGCAUCAUAAGAGGAAAACAAGGAAAUGCCAAUAGACAAACUGCCCGUCCAAAAUAAAACACAUAGAAAACAUUUACAUAUAUAUUUGGUUAGACCGCCUUUAGCUUUGAUUCCAGCUGUGGCAUCAUUUCAGAAAGCUCCUGCAAUGUCACAAAAUUUAUUUCCAUCUAGUGUUGCUGUAAUUCUUCACCAAGAUCUUAUAUUGACGAUGGACGACCAGUGUUCAAAGCCUUCUCCAGCACAUCCCAAAGAUCCUCGGUGGGGUUCAGGUCUGGACUCUGUGGUGGCCAACCCAUGAGUGAAAAUGAUGUUUCCUGUUCCCUGAACCACUCUUUCACAGUCUGAGCUCCAUGAAAUCUGGCCCUGUCAUCUGUGAAUAUGGCCGUGCCUCUGGGAGGAUGGAACCUAGACCUGAAUCUAGACCCGACCAACUGCAGCAACCCCAGAUCAUAGACUGCCCCCACAGGCUUGUACGGUAGCACUCGGCAUGAUGGCUGCAUCACUGCCUCUCCUCUUACCCUGAUGCUCCAUCGCUCUGGAACAGGGUAGAUCUGGACUCGUCAGACCACAGAGUCCAGUCUGGAGAUCGACAAGCCGGUUAGUGAUACAGAUUUAAUUUACCGGGUGGUCUACGUUCCUACCUUCACCUUUGGUCAUCAGCUGUGGGUAGCGACUGAAAGAAUAAGAUCGCAGAUACAAGCAGCUGAAAUGAGAAGCUCGGUAAUCCGGGAGGGGUAGAGGAGCAGAAGAAGAACCUCUGCUCCUCCACACCUAGAGGAGCCAGAUGAGGUGGCUCAGACAUCUGGUCAGGAUGCCUCCUGGACGCCUCCCUGGUGAGGUGUUCCACCGGGAGGAGACCCGGGGAAGACCCAGGACACGCUGGAUGGACUACAUCUCAGCCGGUCUGGGAACGCUUCGUAAUCCCCCCAGAUGUGCUGGAAAAAGUGGCCGAGAAGACAGAAAUCUGAGAUUCCUGCCUAGGCCGCUGCCCCCGCAAUUCCAACCCGGAUAAGCAAAAGAAGAUGGAUAGAUAAAACAUCUUUGCAUCUUUUCCACGACCAGAGGAUGUAUCUUCCAUGGUGGUUGAAGAAAGUUCCUCAGUAGAACUUGCUGCAGCACAGUCUACAGUCCACAAUAAGAAGAACUUAAUAAUAAAUAAAAACGAUCACAGGCUUAACGUUCCUACGAAAUAUGAAGCAGGAAGUUGGAACUUACAUGAAGGUCAGCCUCACUUUUUUGUUAAAGCAAGCUAAAAAACUUAAAGUUCAAAGCAGAACUAAUUAUUAUUGGUGUUAGAAAAGGUGUGUAAACAUGUUUAUACCGUCAUGUUUACAUGUUGGACAACAGAAAACCAUUAUUUCAGAAUCCCAGGACUUCUUCCAGACACAUUCACCCUCCCACGCCUCCAGGCUCCGGAGACUAUUUACUUAUUAACUGUUCUCAGAGUUGCCCCGUGAUUGUUUUCCAAUAAUAACUUUAUUAUUUAUUAAUGAUAACGAGACUAGUUCCUGUAACAUGCUCCAGAGAUAAAUUCCUCCAGAUUUUGUCGUCUUCCACACAUAAAUCCUAAAAACCCACCAGCUGCUGGGGCGGAAGCUUUCCAGCCACCAACAGACAUCCACUCAUGCUUCAUCCCUGCUCUUCCUCCCAGCUUCCUUCCUCUUCUUCCUCGUCUGUGUUCAGCCUGUAUUUGCUGGCUGUUCGUGUUACCUGUAAAGGCGUUGUGUGUGUGUGUGCUGUGGGAAACCCAGCAGAGUCCAGUGUCACAAGUAGAGAAAUGACAUUUCCAGACGCUUGUGGCCCCUGUUUUCACUCAGAUGAUGCAUCACUGUAACAAUGAUUGUUUUUUUUUUUUGUUUUGUUUUGUUUUUAGCUUUUUUUUAGCUUUUGGUUUGUGAGAAGGUUGAAAUGCUGUACAUGUUGUGUAAAGUGCAUCUUUAGAUUUCAUUAUCAGAUAUUUGACACCUUGUUUUUUUUUCCUGUAUCUGACUAGAUUUUCUUUUCAUCUUUUUUUCUUAUUUAUGUCAUUAAGGGAGGAUAUUAAUAUCCAAAGUCUUACUAUCUCAUGUGGUGGGAGUUUUGUAGAAUAUAUAAUAAUCAUAGCAGAUAAAGAGCAGUUUACAACAAUCAGUCUUGUUAGGGUGUUUUUUUUGUUUGUUUUGUUUUGUUUUUUGUUUUUUUGUAGUUUAUUUGUCACACACCAGUAGCAGUCCAGAAGGGAUGAAAUACAGGACGACUGUGGUUGUUUAAAGUUUGAUUGUUUUGUAAGAAAAAGAAAAAACCUACAUGGAACCAAACUGGUUCACUUAUUUCCUGCUUCAGAAGCUCAGUCAAACUCCUACUCGUGGAUCUCUACAUAUCAUGAGCGAGUGCAAUAAGGGCUGACGAAGUGUGUUUUGUGACUGAGAUCCACUUUUAGAUUAAUGGUCAAAAUGAGCAAAUGCAAAUAAAAUGUAUCCCUAAAAAGAAUUAGAUGGAAACAGAUCCAGUUUGAACCAAAUAAAUCUGUUGAUUCAACCUGAAAUCCAUGAACCUGGAGUCUGGACACUUCCACUGCUCGAUCCAAAACAGCGACAGAAGUGAAGUUAUUUUAGUGUGGAUAGUGUCCAGAUGCAUUAUUUUAUUUAUUUUCCUUAUUAUUUGGUUGCAGUAUUAGCCGGUAUGUGGAAGGGAUGUGUAGGAUUUUAGAUGUAAACGGUGGGAUGAGCUGCAUAUACACGCAGGUCCGAGUCCAGACUUUAGAGAUGUGAAGGUUUUCUGUUUCUAGCAUGGACUGCUCAUGUUUGUGUCUGUCAGGCAGACGUUUAUGGGUAAAUAAUGAAGCGUCUGAUGUACGGUGUAAAAUAAAUGAUUAUGAUGCUUCAGAGA